UUGACUAACCAAAUAAAAUUUAAGACUCUUCUACGCCCAGAGAGUUAAAAGAAGACUUUGGCCUUCAUCUUCUACUCUUCCUCGUCGACCUCUCCGCAGCCACUCUGCCAACAGACACCCCCUCGCACACGCACAAGCACCUUACAAGAAUUUGAGUCUCUAUCUCUCAACCUCCUCUCUAAGUCUAGGUCCAGCGGAGAUCAUGAGCUCCAAGCAACAUGCAGCCAUUCUCUGCGGCCCGGGAAUGGGGCACCUUAUUCCCGUCCUCGAGCUAGGAAAACGGCUCGUCACGCACCUAAACUUUGCUGUCACAAUCUUCAUCUCCCCGUCUUCCGAGGCGGAACUCAAGGCAGCCACGUCCACAAAAAUAUUGGACAUCGUCCAACUCCCACGCCCGGACAUUUCUGGCCUCGUGGGCCCCGACACCUCAGUCACUACAAACCUGGUCGUAAUGAUGCGAGAGCUACGACAUGUGUUCCGGUCAGCCGUACGUGCCAUGAAGUUCACCCCGACCAUGCUUAUCGUGGACCUGUUCGGCACCGAAUCAUUUCCCAUUGCCGAGGAGCUAGGGAUUCCAAAGUACUUGUUCUUUGCUUCCAAUGCAUGGUUUUUCUCGUUCUUGAUUUGCUCUCUGACAUUCGACAAGGAAGUCGAAGGAAACUUCGUUGACCACAAAGAGCCGUUGAAGAUCCCAGGUUGUAGGGAGUUCCGUCCGCAGCUCGAUGUCUUUGAUGUUAUGUUGUACCGGACCGACCAGCAAUACCAUGAUUUUGUUGGGAUAGCAAGCCGGAUCCGUAAGUGUAGUGAUGGGAUCUUGCUAAACAUCUGGGAGGAGUUAGAGCCCACUACUCUUGCGGCGCUUAGAGAUGAGAACUUGUUGGGCCAGCACUUGACAGUGCCGGUUUAUCCAAUUGGGCCCAUAAUAAGGCCUAAUGAUUUGUCAUGUUCAAAGGGAAAGGUGUUUGAUUGGCUAGACAAGCAACCUAGUGAGUCUGUAAUUUUUGUGUCGUUUGGUAGUGGUGGGGCUUUGUCGCACGAGCAAAUGACUGAGAUUGCUUGGGGUUUGGAGCUCAGCCAACAACGAUUCAUUUGGGUGAUACGCGCUCCCACCACAACAACUGCGGAUGCGGCCUAUUUUACAGCUGACUGUGAUAAUGAAGACCUGUUGAAGUACUUGCCUGAAGGGUUUGUUGAUCGAACCAAGGACCUUGGGCUUGUUAUUCCUUUGUGGGCCCCACAAGUUGAGAUUUUGGCCCAUCCAUCAGUCGGAGGAUUUUUGUCGCAUUGUGGGUGGAGCUCAACUCUAGAGAGCCUAACCAAUGGAGUGCCUAUGAUUGUUUGGCCGCUUCAUGCGGAGCAGAGGCCGAACGCCACACUGUUGACAGAAGAGUUCAAAGUGGCAGUGCGGUCGAAGAUACCGCCGUGGAAGAAAAUGGUGGAUGGAAAAGAGAUAGAGGAAAUGGUGAGGAUGAUUAUGGAGGACCAAAAAGGCUUUGUUUUGAGGGAAAGAAUGAAGAAGCUAAAAGAAAGUGCCGCAAAGGCUUUGGAAGAAGGGGGUUCAUCUCGUAAUGCUCUUUCUCAAUUUGCAAAGCAUGGCGAGUCGAUGCACAUGAAGCUUGCCAAUGUUAAUGUCCGAAACUGAUUUGGCGGCAUUCUCUUGUUACUUAAUCAUCUCAAUAAUGCUUCCGAGCGUGAAUUCAUCUUGUUUUGUGUUCUUGUUGUAUUUGGAGUUGCUUUUAGCGUUACGAUAAAUAAAGAAUUUUAAUGAACAACCUUACUAAUUAAA